AUGCGUACACCUAUUGGACUACCUGCUCUGGCUUUAUUUGGCACCUGGGGCGGCGCCCACAGUCUUGCCGUGGAUGUUGCUACUCAUGUUAACGCAACCACGCCCUCCAAAGCCGCAGCGAUCUUCGGACCUGUGGUAAUGGUCCGUUGCAACGCCCAUAUUGCGGGUGCACAUCACGAUGGCUGGUAUCAAGAGUGCAUGGACAAAAUGGCUGGUCAAUGGGGCUUGAAAUCUGCAGCCGACGUAGGCCAUUUCAACGACGGGUGGGGUUGUAAGUGUAGAUAUUCUUCAAGUACGCCGGGAGCUUGGAAAGUUGUCCGACAGCAUCUUUGGGAUGCUGUUAUAAGCAAAGAUGUUUCCUGCAGCGAUGCUCUCUACCUUAACUCGGAGAUAGGCAAUGGGGUCACAGAAUUGAGGUUCUGGUGCAGAUAA